AUGAAAGCCAAAUCGCCCACUCAAACACGUGGAAAUAAAGUGGGCAUGGCCCGACCAAGAUCAACAUCCACACGCAAGCGUAGUCCCUACACCCCGGAAAGAAAAAUUCAAGUAGCUCAUGUUAGGAGAGUUGGGGCUUGUGGCGACUGUCGCCAAAGGAAGAUUGGGUGUUUUCAUGCUCUGCAAGUAGGGGCGGACAAUCUCAAGCUUCGUGAGCCUACAAGGCUGCCUCUCGUGGAGCAGGAAGACGUACCUUUAGUUCGAACGAGCUCAGGCAUAUCGGCUGGACUACCAUCCGUCAUGGACCAACACAAAGUAGCCGCGCAGUUCGACCCUGUCUGGGGAACAUCCUUUCCUAGUGCCAACAUUGAGACUCUAAUUACUCCGUUUCGACCGACGUUGAUGGGAUUCCCAGAUCAAAGCGAGAAGCCAAUGUCCGUAGGAGCAUACGCAAUCAAUCCUCAAGUCACAUUAACUGGCAGUAUACCUUGCUUUGACUACAGCCAGAGACUAAGCGAGGGCACUCACAACUUGUGGGCUCCAUAUCCUGACGUUCAGAUUACGUCCUACGCAUCGAGAGACAUAGCAUCAGCAUCACAUGGAGGAUUUCCUGCCGAGUCUGCUCUUCCCUUCCAGUGGGAGAACAAUCUUCCAGGUGGAGAUGGCUACCAUUUCGAAAGAGAGACUACCUACUUCGUUCCAGAUCCGUCUUACACCAACCAAGGAGGUAGCAACGCUUACCCGGCCAUGCAACUACUCUCCCUGGGUCCUCCAGCAAGUUCCUCUGCAAGACCACAUGACCAAAAAGGAUUCCCUCAAAGCUUCCACUAUUUUGAGACUCCUUCGAGUGAAGCCAAUGAUAAUUGGUGA